AUGGAGAGAAUUCACGUGUCAGUGAGAACGAGGCCUCUCUCUCCGGAGGACACCACGACCAGCCCUUGGAGAAUCUCCGGCAAAUCCAUUUUCAUCCCCAACCAGCCUUCCAAGUUCGAAUUUGACCGAAUUUUCAGAGAGGAUUCAAAGACGGAAGAGGUUUACAGAGCUCGCACAGAAGACAUUGUUGCUGCGGCUGUUCGGGGAUUCAAUGGCACUGUCUUUGCUUAUGGACAAACUAAUAGCGGAAAAACAUUUACAAUGCGAGGAUCUUCUACUGACCCAGGAGUCAUCCCUUUGGCUGUGCAUGAUCUGUUUGGAAUUAUACAAGAGGAAAUGAAUCGAGAGUUCCUUCUACGGAUGUCCUAUAUGGAGAUCUAUAAUGAGGAGAUAAAUGAUUUGUUGGUUCCAGAGCACCGAAAGCUGCAGAUCCAUGAAAGCCUUGAGCGAGGAAUAUUUGUAGCUGGUUUAAGAGAAGAAAUUGUUGCCUCCCCCGAGCAAGUCCUUGAACUCAUGGAGUUUGGAGAAUCUCAUCGGCAUAUUGGAGAGACAAAUAUGAAUCUGUACAGCAGUAGGUCGCAUACAAUUUUUCGCAUGAUAAUUGAGAGUAGGGACAAAACUGAAGAUGAAAAUGGAAAUAGUUCAUGUGAUGCUGUUCGUGUAUCUGUUCUGAAUUUGGUGGACCUUGCUGGUUCAGAGCGGGCUGCCAAGACUGGCGCGGAAGGUGUUCGUCUAAAAGAGGGUUCCCACAUUAAUAAAAGCCUGAUGACACUUGGAACCGUGAUAAAGAAAUUAAGUGAAGGUGCUGAGAACCAAGGGAGUCAUGUUCCAUAUCGGGACAGUAAACUGACACGUAUAUUACAACCUGCACUUGGAGGAAAUGCAAAUACAGCGAUUAUAUGCAAUGUUACGCUUGCACAGUAUGGUUUAACAAUUCUUACAAGGAUCCGAGGACAUGCUAGAGAUCUGUGGUUUGUGGAAACCCAAAAUCGAUUUGUGACGACCACGAUUCAUGCCGAUGAGACUAAGAGUAGUCUUCAAUUUGCAAGCAGAGCGCUACGUGUCACCAAUUGUGUUCAUGUUAAUGAGAUUUUGACAGAUGCAGCUUUGCUAAAGCGCCAGAAGAAAGAGAUUGAGGAGCUUCGGGCCAAAUUGCAGGGUUCCCAUUCCGAACAUCUGGGAGAGGAGAUUCUCAAUCUCCGGAAUACGUUAUUACAGACUGAACUGGAGAGGGAACGAAUGGCUUUGGAGUUGGAGGAAGAAAAGAAAGCCCAAGCUGAAUGGGAAAAGAGAUUACAAGAGCAAGCUAAGAAAAUUGAGAACUUAAGUUCAAUGGUAUUGUGUUCAAAUAGGGACGAGAGUCGCAAUCAUCACAAGAAGGAGAAGAGGCGUGAUACAUGGUGCCCUGGCAAUCUUUCCAGGGAAACUUUGAGGGAGGGGAAAAUUAAAUUCCGCAUUUAUGUUGGCUUCCUCGGGAAUUUGGGAAACUUCUCAAGUGGAGGCAUUUUUGAGACACUCACAGCACUGCUGACUAAAAGAAGGCUUCCUGCAGCAAUCAACCAGAUCCUUUGGCUCAGUUGGGAGCUUAUCAUAUGGGCCAGUUAUUCCCUCCUUGAGUACUUGCGCGAAGUGGGGUAG